UUUCUUACCAUUCUCUAUGGACUUCAAGAUUCCGUUUCUUAGCUUCUCCAAUUCCUUGUAGUCCAAGCCGUGGAUCCCCUGCCUUUUUGAAUCUCCGAGUUAAGGUAGCUUCUGAGUGGAAUUUCCGUUCAGGCCUGUUUGGACUUGCUGCUCCUUCUGGUGAUGGAGAAUUCCACCAGAUACGGCAGAACCUCUCUGCCUCAUUUCCCACCUUCCAAGUCAAGGCGGAGCGGUUACGAACCUUCUGAUACGGAGACUGACUGGCAGGAUAGUCCGUGGCGUGACCGCAAUGAAACUAACGGACCUUUGCGCAGUGAACUGCCCAGAACUCCUUUCGACCCGUUGCCAAAGAUCAGUCCCAUGAUACCCAGCCGGAGACACUCCUCCAAGAUUGAAUAUGAUGCCUCUUCUUCUACCAAGGCUUCCGGAACUAGCCCAACUAGAAGGAGGCACAGUAAGUCGCCAUACAAGCCACACAAAGGUGAAGCGGGUUCCAAUAUUCGUAGGAAUGUUAGUCCUCUAUCGAAAUCUGAGCGUUGGAGAAAUAUUUCUCCAUAUAAACUUGCAAAAGAGCACAAUGCAAUUUUGGAAAUUGAGACUAUGAGUUCGAAUAGAAAGCAAAAUCACAGAAUGCAUGAUAAGCAUACGAGUUCCGAGGUGAAGGGAGCUGAUUCACAGCUUGCUGAAGUUAGUAGAACGAGUGAGAGGCCAAACUCCAGUCAUAGAUCAGCAUCUGCCCCAAGAACAAAAGCAGCAGAGAAGGACAGACAGAUCAACUAUGGCCGUCUGGAGCAAAGAAGUGAAAGAACCCCCUCACCGUUGGCAAAGAGCACGGCUCGGAAACAGAUUGAAUCUUCCCCCAAGAAAGGUCCCUCAGUCAGCGAAAUCAACGUAAUGGUGGCUACUGAAAGGCUCGCCAGAGGAGGAGUCCGUGAUUUUUCGAAGUUCGACAGCACGGACUCCAAUUUACCUGGGGAUAUCUUUUUCUCCCAUGAUUACACAGCCUUGGCUUUGCAGAAGAAUGUAUUGCAAAAAAACAAUGUUUUUGAAAGCAGAUUUCCCUCAAACCCAAAUCCCAAUACAAUCACCAAAAGAAAUUUGGCCACUAAUCAAAGAAGCAGAGGCAAUGAUAUUUUUUAUCAGAACACUCAAGGGAAUUUGUCCAGUACUGUUCUAUCAGGAACAGCUCCCAGCUCUGCUGUAAGCAGAGAGAGUAGUGGUAGAGUCAGCACGGAGAGUAGUAAGAUGAGUGAUGCUAGUGGGAGCUUGAAAAAAUUUACAGCCAACAGAAGAAAGAGCCAUUCAGAUGCCUGGUUUGCUUGCAUGAGGAAGGGGCCUUGCAAAACCAGAAAAUCACCUGAAAAGAGAGACGUUGAUGAAACAUCAUUUAUUCAGAAGGCACUUGUGGUGGAAAACCUGAGACAAUUUUGGGCUGAUAAGCAUCGGCCUGCUUCCUUGAAUGGUUUCACGUUGCACAAACAAGAAGCUCAACUUCUCAAGCAACUCGUAUCUAGUGAUAUCUGUCCACAUGUUCUUUUCAAAGGACCUUCUGGUUCAGGGAAGAAAGCACUAACUAUGGCUCUUUUGCGUGAAAUAUAUGGUGAUGCAUCUUGGAAUAUUUCUCAUGAGUUAAGAUCUUUCCAUGUUCAGGAAAAAAGGCCCAUGCAAGUAGUGGUACCUUUAACAUCCAGUGCUCAUCAUGUGGAGCUUAAUGUUAACUUGGAACCAUAUGCUAGACAUGCAUUGAUGGCUAUAGUGAAACAAAUCAGAAGCAAUUGUGAAAUCACCCCCGAAGUCAGCAAUGUUGAUUUCAAGGCAGAUUAUAAAGUAUUAGUUCUCUAUGAGGUUGACAAAGCAGCAGAGAAUAUUCAGUACUUGAUAAAAUGGAUCAUGGACUGCUACACAGAUGCUUGUCAACUCAUAAUGUGCUGUGAAGAUGAUGUAGAUGUCCUUGAAUCAGUGAAAAACCGGUGCAAAGUUAUUAAGCUUGAGGCUCCUGUAACUCACGAAAUUGUUUUAUUUACGGGGAAAAAUUCAAAAGCUUCUUGUGGAUUUUGUUCACCCCAAACUGAUUCUUCAGGUGAUGCAUCAGAUGCACCAAUUGGAAUGCUUUAUUUCAACAUUUACCUGAAACCUUAUCUUUUGAUAGUACUGUGUACAUUGUGCAGAAGCUUGUUGAACAAUUUCUUAAAGGGACUGAUGCUAGUCAAAAGAGGGACCUUUAUUAUUGGCAUGCUUAUUAUGUAAGUUCUAUUCUUUCUUCUAUGUUAUUUUGGUUUUAUGACAAGGAGAAAGUAACUCAAGGUCAACUUGUAUAGGAUAAGAGACUUCCAGCAGGAACAAGUGCUUUACUGAAAUUAGAAGGUAAAAUACACAGAGCAUCAUACAGAGCUUAUUGUUUAAAAGAUACAUAUGCAUGCAUUACACGGUUUACACCAUUCCAGAUGCAUCCAUAUAUCUGCACAUAGGUUGAUUCAAUAUUUCUGACUUCAUAGGAAUGUUGUUUUUUCUGAACUUUUUGCAUUAAAGGAAGGGCUCCCCUAACCAAAACUAAACUGAAUCUUUAUGGUUUUUAUGUUUUCUAAACCUUUUGGCAUUCAUGAUUGUUAGAGUACAUGAUAUACAUUGUGAGGGUGCACAAAUGACUUACGACAAGACGGGUUCUUUUUCUAAACAGAAGUCUAAAUAGAAGUAACCAAAGGUGCUAAAUGCAACCAAAAUAUGAACUGGAUAUUCAUAGUUUUUAGUAGGUUCAAUGAUAUAGAGAUUAAUUCCUUUUUCUGGCAGCAAAGAUAUUUCAUCUCUUUGUAACACAGGGUGAAGCCACCCUGCCAUAUCCAAAUCAAAGCAUGGAUGAAAACCAUUGACAGGCCUCUACCAAAAGAAGAAAAGAGUUUUCCUUUUUCACCCAUGUUCAUUCAGUAAGCAAAAUAUUUCCCCUGUGGAUUAUGGUGGAGUGCAUGGUUGUUCUUGGAAUUUGUUUAGUAUAGAUGUGUCCAGGGCCCAUAAAACCAUGCAUGACUGAAAUUUUAACUUGAGUAGUUACCAUUUUGGUCAUCUUACAAGUUUGUCAUGUGCUUUGGUGCAGAAUUUGUGGCCAAGUUCAUGAGCAUACGCAGGAAGAGUUUGGGCAACCGUCAGUACACAUAAUUUACAUGAGCCUGAUGGUAAGUUAAUCUCUUGCUACACAUACAUAUAAUAUAUGUACUUUGUUAAGAUGUAGCUGCGUUUAGUAGAUACAUUCAUAAGUGGAGAAUUGGAUGUUUCUUAGGGUUUUAUUGGACCACAAGAGUGUAGGAGCUAAUGGGCAUAUAGAGGAAGAGUUUGAGCUGGCAGUACAUAUAAUUUGGUGGGAGGACUGUUGGUCCUCUUGCCACGGACAUGUAAAAGUUUGUGUUAAGAUGUUGCUAUAUUUACUACUUGACAUGCUUAAAAUAAUGGAAUCAUUAGAUGUUCCCAGAGGUUUUCAGUGGAAUACAACACUUCAGUUGUCCA